AUGUGUCCCGUGUGUACUUACAUCUUUGGCACAGAGAAAAGAGCCAGAGUGUUACCGUGUUUGCACACGAUUUGCGAACAAUGCGUCACUACAAUUGUGAAAAUGGAAAGAGAUAAAGUGAUGGAGAGAGAUGGUCUUGACAAAGUUCCAGACGUGGACGUAAAAUGUCCUAUCUGUAGAAAAAAAGUUUUAGUUUGCAGUGUACAAUCUGCACGCUCUCUAAUGAAAAACCGAACUGUGAUGACGGCAGCUACAAUGCUCAAAGGAUGUGAUCUUUCGGAAGAGCCGGAGGUUCAACUUCCACUUAAACCCCGGCAUGGUAAUGCCACAUGCAAAACCCUUAAAAAGAGAUUCAAGGAACUGGAAGGAAAAUGCACAGAAUUGACGGCUCUAAAGAAGAGAGAAAACACGCUGCACGAAAGUUUAGAAGAAAAAGCUGCACUUCCUCUGAAAUGCCCAAAUUGUCAAAAGCGCUACAAGGACAACCCAAAGUUGAUCAGAUGUGGACACUCAGUUUGCACAGAUUGUUGGGAAGUUAUGAAAGCAGAGAAGGACGAUCGUAGUUUUGUUAAAUGCCCCACAUGCAAUUCGUUCAACAGAAUUCAUGAAAAAAGUGUUAAUUACUGCGUUAUGAACUCGAAAGACGAGUAUGUGAGAAAAUAUUUGUAA